AACCUAAUCAUACGUGAAGCGUAAACGUACAGGCAGGUGAUUUGGUUCUACCUCUGAAAACUGGAUUGGACACUUCAGCUUCUUCCCUCCUCCAAAACGAAGAGGAAGCUGUCCUGGUUUUCCUCUGGGACGCCCAAAGGCUUUUCUUCCCUUCGCAACCUACCAGUUGCCAGUGCUUCAGAUCCAGCGUUAAUCUUUGGUUCCUUCUCUGAUGACUAAUUCUGAUAUUUCUUGUUUUAGUGGAUGGAGAUUACCUACGCUGGCCUUGUUUCUUCUUCUUUGUUUCGUUGAUCUUGUUGUCGCUGAUUCGAAUCGAAAUCACAGUCUCGAAUGGCAGACUCUCACCCAGAGAAACUUUUCAUCUCAGAUCCGACUUCAUCCACACAUUCUGCUCAUUGUCACCGUUCCUUGGUCCGGUGAGUCACGAUCCCUUAUGAAGGAGUUGGUCAAUCUGUCUGCUUAUAAAAAAGGGAGAGUUAAUCUUCCAAAGCUAAGGGUUAUAUAUAGAAAUACUGACAAGAUGCUUGCAGACAUCCUUGGUGCUACCAAGGAAGUAACAGUAUUCUACUAUCACUACUCUGUGUCAUAUAAGUAUCAAGGGAGACUUAGAGCAGAUAAUAUAUUAUCUUCCUUUGAUCAUCUUGUCUCUCUUCAACCUGAAGAUCUUCCGUUGAAAACCUUAAACACUGAAGAGGACCUAAAAGCAUUCUUGGGGUCAACAGACAAGUCUGUACUUCUGCUGGAAUUUUGUGGAUGGAGUGCCAAAUUGUUGGCCGCAGGAGCCAAUGGUAAUGCAAGUUCUUUCCAUGUACACGAUGCAACAGAAGAUGGGGUUAUUUUUGGGGCAGAGUUGCAUGGAGAAACUAAUAAAACACUUCCAUCCGAGGGGAAGAUAAAUGAGAAGGGGAUGAGAAAUGAAAAGCUUACUUGUGAGGUCAAAAAUGAGCUUAAUGGAAUACCUUGGCUGGAGAGAUUUUCCUUGGCAAAUGACAGUGCGCCUCAUUCUGAAUUCAUGACAUCUGAUGUUGGUGUCUCCUGUACAUUUGAUGAGUUUCAACUGUUUGACUCGUUCUUCUCAAAGUUCACAACAACAGCAAGAGAGUUCUUUCUUCCUCCUGAAAGGCGGAGGUUUGGUCUGGUUUCUGAUCGAGCACUGCUGUCAUCUCUGCGUGUUGGUGAUUCUGAUUCAUAUUCAUGGUUGGUAAUGCUUCACUAUGCGGGAUGUCCCAAUUGUUCAGAGAUACUUGAAAGGGGAGAGGACAUCCAAAGUGUUCUGCAGAUGCACCACUCUCCUGUUAUUGAGCUUGAAGGUGAAGGCCAUGAUCUUGAGCCUGCUUUACCCAUAAACAUGCCAUCAGUAAUUCUUUUUGUGGAUCGAUCAUCUGAAUCAUUGGAUAUCAGAAAAAAGAGUAUCGGUGCUCUUAACAUUUUUUGGGAGAUAGCUUUACAGAACAAGCUUUUCCAUCAGAGGGAUGGACAACACACUGUUAAAUUCGGGGGAUACUCAUUCCUACAUUCUAAAGGACUGAGAAGUACAUCAAAUCAAGCUGGAAACCAAAGAGGAGAAUUCUCUUCAGCAGCUCGAAUGGUCAAGCUCAAGGACAAGAUGGCUGUUGUGAUAAUCAACGAGGAUGGAAAAGUUGCUGUAGAUAAUAUAGCGGCAGAAAAGCAGUUCCAGUCUGUCAAUGACAUCUUAGGGCACCUGCUUCAGCAGAAGAAAGAAGCAAAAUUAAGUUUGGUUGCAAAGGAGCUAGGCUUCCAGCUUCUAUCUGAUGAUUUUGAGGUCAAACUAGCGGAUCUAUCACCAUCACAGAAGGAAACUGCUCAAUCUGUAGAAGGUCCAUCAGAAUUUCCAACGGAAGAUACUCUUGAAAGUAGUAUCAUUCCGGAAAAAUAUAAUUUACCGAAUACUGCAAGUGGAACUGCUGUUCAGCAUGUGGAACUAGCUGGUGUUACCUUUGGUAGACCUUCCCCAUAUAAAAAAGAAAUGGGAGGUUAUGCAGAGGAGGAUGCUCAAUCUAUUUCUGUAGAACCAGAUAAAGCUCCCAUGACUGGUGAAAAUUGUAUUCCCGUGGUUAUGAGCUCAGAGGAGGAAAGUUCUGUGCAGAUUGGCCAACCUGUCGGGCAAAAGGUUGAACACCAACAAUUCAGGGGUUGUUUUUUCGUUUCUGAUGGUGGCUACCAAUUGCUGAGAACCCUUUAUGGAGGAUCCAAAAUUCCGUCAAUGUUAAUUCUUGAUCCCAUUUCACAAAGGCACUAUGUCUUCCCAGAAGAAGUUUUCUCCUAUUCUUCCUUGGCUAAGUUUCUUGAUGGAUUUUCUAAUGGAAGUCUGAACCCAUAUCAGCGUUCGGAAACCAUAAUCAAAAGUCCUAGGGAGCCAAUCUAUCCUCCAUUUGUAAAUUUGGACUUCCAUGAAGUGGACCCAAUCCCUCGAGUCAAUGCCCAUACAUUUUCUGAGUUGGUUCAAGGCUAUAAUCAGUUGAAUUCACAAAAUGUUGGACUUGGGCAUGCGUGGAUGAAGGAUGUUCUGGUGCUUUUUAGCAAUAGUUGGUGUGGAUUUUGCCAGAGAGCGGAAUUAGUUGUUCGUGAAGUAUACCGGGCCCUCAAUGGCUACAUGAAUCUGUUGCAGGGUGGAUCUAGAAAUGGAGAAUCACAACAUAUUACUGGCAUGUACUUCAACAUCACAUCAACUUCUGCUCUUAAAAGGAUAUAACAUCAGCUCUUCAAUCUUGCUU